GGGCAGAGCGGGAGCUGGGUGGCUCAGCCCUCCCUCCCCGGGCCGUGCGUAGGGCUUGGCCAUUGGUGGGUGGGGAGCCAUCUGGCCGUCCCGGCAUGCUAGGCUGCGCUGGCUGGUGGUUACGUUGUGUCUUUCCCCCAGCGGGUUGGAAGUAGUUACCUUUGUCGCCAAAAAGGAGGAAGGAAGGAAUCGACACACACACAGACACACACACACAGACACGCAACCAAAGGGAGGAAGUUCAUUGAGACACUGAGAUUGCUCCUGCUUGCCUGGGCUCGCCUCUCAAGUGUGACGGCGGCGGCGUUGUUGUUUGUUGUUGUUUGUUGUUGCUUCUUUGAAGCCUCCUCCUCGCCCACAUCACCCCGUUCCCCGGCUCCUGGCAGCGACUUUCUGGGGGGGAAGGCAGCGCGGGAGCGGACGCUGGAGGUUUGAUUGACGGGCAAUGGCUACAGAUUGCGGACUGGAGUGAGCUGAAGAUGCAGCCAUCUGACUAACAGGUUUCCAAGCAGCCUCUGGAGGCCCAAAGCACCUGGAAUUAACCAGACGGCAGCAUAACAUGAACUGAGAAAAAAGCAACCUGGAUUUUUGUUUGUUUUUUUGGUUUUGGUUUUAAAAGCUUUUACAUAACAAAAAAAUUCUUUCAUGAAAACGUUUUAAAACAGGGUUAUUUUUCCCCUUCCCCCGAACAAGAAAGUCGUCCCCGUACGGUGAGGAUUUCCGGAGAAGAUGGGGAGGAAAAAGAUCCAGAUACAGCGGAUCACGGAUGAGCGAAAUCGACAGGUGACCUUCACCAAGCGGAAGUUCGGUUUGAUGAAGAAAGCCUACGAGCUGAGCGUCCUGUGCGACUGUGAGAUCGCCCUGAUCAUCUUCAACCACUCAAACAAGCUGUUCCAGUACGCCAGCACGGACAUGGACAAGGUGCUGCUCAAAUACACCGAGUACAACGAGCCACACGAGAGCCGGACCAAUGCAGACAUAAUCGAGACAUUAAGAAAGAAAGGUUUUAACGGUUGCGACAGCCCGGAACCCGACGGAGACGACUCCAUUGACCAGAGCCCCCUGAUGGAGGAUAAAUACCGCAAAGCCAGCGAGGAUCUGGAUAUCCUCUUCAAACGAUACGGUUCUGCAGUGCCCGCUCCGAACUUCGCCAUGCCAGUGACGGUUCCGGUGACCAAUCAAAACACGUUACAGUUCAGCAACCCCGGGGGCUCCUUGGUGACCCAGUCGCUGGUGACCUCUUCGUUGACGGAUCCAAGACUCCUCUCACCACAGCAGCCGGCCCUGCAGAGAAACACUGUGUCACCGGGUUUGCCGCAGAGGCCAGCCAGCGCGGGGGCGAUGCUCGGGGGAGACUUGAAUAACACCAACGGAGCUUGCCCAAGCCCAGUUGGAAACGGGUAUGUCAGUGCCAGAGCCUCGCCGGGUCUCCUCCCGGUCUCAAACGGCAACACCAUGGGCAAGAUCAUCCCAGCAAAGUCACCGCCGCCACCCUCCCACGGCACGCAGCUCGCCGCCAACAGCCGCAAGCCGGACUUACGCGUGAUCACCUCGCAGGGCGCAAAGGGUUUGAUGCACCAUUUGACGGAGGACCACUUGGAUCUGCAGAAUGCACAGAGGUUAGGAGUCUCCCAAGCAACUCAUUCUUUAACCACGCCAGUCGUUUCGGUGGCCACUCCAAGUUUGUUGACCCAGGGCCUGCCUUUUUCUGCCAUGCCCACAGCAUACAACACAGAUUAUCCGCUGACCAGUGCAGAGUUACCCUCGCUCCCGGCGUUCAGCUCACCCAGCGGGUUGUCGCUUGGCAACAUCUCGGCCUGGCAACAGCAACAUCAGCAGCAGCAGCAGCAACAACAACAACAACAGCAGCAGCAGCAUCUUGUUCCUGUAUCACUAAGCAACUUAAUACAAGGGGGUCACUUAUCUCACACCACCACGUUGACUGUCAACACCAACCCCAACAUCAGCAUCAAGUCGGAGCCUGUCUCGCCCAACCGGGAACGUAACACUGCCACGCCACUCAGCUCCUUCCCGCACCAGAGCCGGCACGAGCCGACGGGGCGUUCUCCCGUCGACAGCCUCAGCAGCAACGCCAGCUCCUAUGAAGGCAACGAGCGGGAUGACCCCGCCAGAGCCGAUUUCGGCUCGUCCCUCGGCCUCCUGAGACCCACGACCGAGGCCGAGGGAGAGAGCCCGUCCGUAAAGCGCGUGCGGCUGGACACCUGGGUAACAUAACCAGUCCCAACUCUCUUCGAGCUACUUUCUGCUCGUGUCCGGGUGGGGGCGGGCAGAUGUGUGUGUUGGGGGGGGUGGGGGUGGGGGUGGGAUUGUUACCAGUGGCAGGGUUGGGAGGGGGGAAAAGGGAGGGCCGGGGUGGAGCUAACUGGGUUUGGGGUGGGGGCGGGGACAUAUUAUAAACUGCCUGAGAAAUAGCUUUAGGAUUUUGUAGGCAUUCAUUCUAGUGCAGCAGGCAACGUUUGCAAUACGUAAGGCACUCCAUGGCUGAGAGCAGCUUAGAAUCAAGAAUAAGGGGGGGUGGGGGGGAAGGAACGUGUCACCAAAAAAAAAUCAAUCACUUAUCCCAGUGAGCAAGUGUCGGGCGUGCGUGCUAGGUUGUUGUCGAUAAAAUUCACCCACUGGCGAUUGGAAGUCGGGGAGGGCUCGAGAUGCGUGCCCAGUUUGUAAGGUCGGACCUAAUUGUGAGAGAAGAGUGCCUUUGAUGAGAAGGGUUCUGAAGGAACUGCACCUAAGACUUCUAUUUGGAUGCAGAGAAUUUCUUAUGCACACACAUCCCUAUGCACAUUUUAGUUCCAGAUUCACAAGGCUCUGUGCACUCUAAACUCCCACUGAUAUGCAAGCCCUUUGCAGCCAAAUUCAAAUACAGCUGAGAUUUUUUUGCACCCCAUGCUCCCAGUCAGAGGGUAACCGUGACUGCCGUGCAGAAUGGCCAGUGUGAGGUAUAUGCACUGCUUUAAGUUCCACUCAAAAACAUAGCACUUCAGUGAGACUUACAUGAUGCCUUCCUUUCCUGGCCCCUCAGCACAACAGGGGUGGAUGUCACCCAGCAUGAACUGCCAGUGCUGGUGGGUCAGGUGCCAUAUCUCUGCUCUGUAUGUAGCUCACUCUCACAGCCCAGCACGCUUGGAAAGAACAGAAUACUGAUCAAUAUGCCAGUUAGGAGGCUUGGCUUCAUCUAAUCAGUUUCAACUUCAAUUAUGUUGCCAAAUUAAAAAUGAAUAAUAAUAAUCAUCCAUGCAAAGAGAGCUUUCCCAGUGCAAUCUAUAGGGCCAGAUUCUCAGCUAGUGUAAGUCACCCGAGCUGCAUUGUAUAAUUGGUGAGCAAUCUAGCAAAUCUUAGUAUUAUCCAUGCCACUUAAAGGUCACUUUGCACGGCCAGAACCAUAUCAAGGACCUUAGUGUAAAUGAGAAUCAGGCCCCUGAUUUUUAGGGCUUUUUCUGGCAGUUCAGAUGAAAUUUAAUUAAAGAAAACAUCCCCACUGAUCGUCAGAUUAGUGCCACCCACCUUUGCAAAUGGCAGUUUUUCGGACACCCCACUGAGGUCUAGAAUGGUACAAAGGGGAACUAUUGCAUAUACCUGAAUAAAAAAAACAUUUACAAGUGGGGGAAAAGAUCUUUUUUUUUUUUAAUAACACAGUUUCGCCAACGACAGAUGGGGAAAAUGAUAAAGAAAUGUCUAAAUCUCACAUCAAUUAAAAUUCAUACUAAUUAGAUGUCGGUGAAGUUGUAGAUUUAAAUUAGAGCUGAUUUAAAAAAACAGGAAAAAUGAUUCAUGGACAUUUCUAAAGAUUUUUUUUCAUUGAAAUUCUAAUUUUUCAUUGAAAUUUGAAGAAUUCUGAAAAGGCCCUUGAACAGCAAGUGAGGAAUAUUUGCAAAAAUGUCAUCAACUCUUUUUCUUCCUCAAAAUGCAAAAUUUGCACCAGUAAUUUGAAAUUGGAAAGUUCUGGUCAAUUCUACACCUGGUUGAAGAAUUAGGGGAAAAUGUACAAAAAUUUCAUUGAAAAUUGUUUUCCUUCCCCUCCCCCUCGUCCAGAUCCAGAACUUUUUGGUCAUCAUUUUGAAACUCAAAAGUUCUGGGCUGUACUAUCACUUGGUCGCAAAAUAGGUGGGGGGAAAAAAAAACUGGCAAGCCUUUUACUGAUCUUCCCUCCCAUUUAUUUUUUAAAUAUCGAAACCUUGAUUAAAAUUUUCUUUGUGAUUUGAAAAACUCCAACUUAACGGUUUACAUUAGGGAUUCAACUGUGGGAAAUCAGCACGGUAUAAACUGGUGAGGGCAUCGCCCUGUGAUACUUUCUUCCAGUGCAAGCCAUCGAAGCUGAUUUCUACUGUCACAGUGGCUCAGGCAGUUAGCUACAUCACAGAUGGAACAGAACAUGCAUCUUCAUCCCCUCCUGACAAUAUUACCACCAAUGUACUGUACUGACCCGACCCUAAUAUACUGUAAUCGGCUCACCUAAAGCUUUAUACUAUCCACUGAGCAGAAACACACACGUUGUGGAAGGGAAAUUAACGUUUCUCCUGCUUAACCUUUGCGGAUGACAACGUUGUCACUAUAAGACUUUAUCCGAGUCAUAGUACAAACAGAGACUGAUAAAACCCUGAUCAGGUUUAUGAAUUUGCAGGACAAAAAAAUACAUUCUGUAAGGGACCAGAUCCUUUGAUCUGACUUCCCACUGAUGUCCAUGGGAGCUUUGCCACUGAUUUCAGUGGUAGCAAGAUAUAUGCCUAAGGGCUGAGCAGAGAGAGAGCUUAUGUUCUUAGUGCAUAUUCGUGUAGGGUAAAAUUCACCCCAGGCAGAGGCCCGUGUAACACUUAAGUCCUGUUUGGGGGGUUUCUAGUGAUGUAUAGACAUGGGGCUGACGUAUCUGCAUGGGUUGAAUUCCAGCCAUCCUGCCAGAUCCCUGGUUGCAUUGAAGUAAAUGGUACAAAGCUCCCAUUCGCUUCAGUAGGCCGGGAGCCGUGUGAUUACACUAAGCAGUUAUCUGACAGGGCCUUUGUCCCCUUUGGUUACUGCCUCUAGGGGUAGUGUGUGGAAUUAGAAGAUCUGUUCAAAGUCAGGAGAUGGCAUAUUUCUCCACUGCGGGUCUCAGGUCACUCAAACUUACCCCUUUGCCACGUUGGUGUCACAUAAGGCUUGGCACAGCUGCAAGGCGUCACCAUGGUUCACAGCUGUGUUUAAAUGGCAGCCGCUGGACAUUCCAAUCAGAAAUGCCAAGCUGACUCCCCUCUCCCCCAAUAAUCUACUCCUUUAAUUUCCCAUCCCAUACAUCUCUGAUCUUUUUUAUUUUGCCCCUUGAUCUCCAGCAGGCAGGAACACAUUUUUCACUCUUAACCCCCCACCCCAAGCCUCCCUCCCCAAAAUAAAGUAAACCAAAGGGCAACAUCCUCGCUGGUGUACGUUGACAUGUAAACGCCAGAUUGACACCAGCUGAGGAAUGGGCAACGUGCAUGGUCAUCCGAGGUACAGGGAGCAUGGGAGACUGGGGGGUGAGUGGCGACAGAGGGGGUUCAUUCGUCAUUUCCAGCAGGCAUUCUGCUCCCUGUGAAGAUUGGUUUAGUUUACACAUGUGUGCUGUACCUCCGGUUCAUAGCCCAACUAGCAAACGCUGGUGAGGCUGUGGAUGGGCAGGUUCCUCUCUCAUCAUUAGGUAAGAUCUUCAAAUGCUUUGUUCUCCAUUCUGGGUAUCCCCACUCCUGUCUCCUUCCCCACCACUGUCCCGGUGUCAGCGAAUUGAAAUGAGAAGGGAAGCCAGUGCAGUUAGCUCAGGAAUCUUGUCCCGAAGGGCUUUUGGGAACUCCCGCAGAUAACAGCUGACAAACCUUGAGUCCCUCCUUUCGCCUGCAUUUGCGAAUGGAUGAGCAUUAAUAUCAGGGCUCAGUUUAUUUCCUUACCUGAUCUCCCAUCCUGCCUUUUAUGUUUAUCCUCCGCUUGGGAUCAUGGUCCCCCACCAAACCUGCAAGGGCAUCUCAGUUCUGCAGUGGUGUUUACACAGCUUGGUGCAUGGGAGCUUUCUUUUCACUGGGUUAAUUACCCAUGCCAGAGGAGUUCUGCUACCAUUCGUCGCUGCUCCUUGAGGUAGUUGAGAAAGCGAAUUCUCUUUCAGCAUCUACAAGCUCAGUGGCUUUGAGAUCCACCAAACAGGCCCAGAAAUACUUCAAAGUGGAGGAGGAAAAAGUCAUGGUAGGACUUGCAGGUGUAGUCGGCUUCUUGUAGCCCGUCAUUUGUUCCAGAAGUUUCUAGACUUUUAGAAUACUUCCAACUCAGCGCGAGAUGGAAGAUCGAGAAGCAGAGACCUGUUGAGAUUACAGCAGCUAAAGAAUAAGAAUAAUAAAGCCCUAAAAUGCGAGAUGGUUUCAAAACAGGACAUUUUUGUUUGUUUUUCAACAUUUUCCACAACAUUAUGGAACUUUUUCAUCUUUUUUUUUGGUUGAUCCAUUUUUGAAAAUUCUCAAUUCGAAAAAUGGACAUUUUCAGUUUUAAAAUGAAAGUUUUUGGUUUAGGAAAUUUUCAGUUUUGGAAAAACCCUUCCACGCAACUACGCUGGCCGACCAAAAUUAGCAAUAAGGGGAGAGGGGGAAAAAGCCCUCCAAAACCCAAAAAUGAACAGUUACAUGAAAAUGCAAUGCAAUAAACGCAGGUUUUCUUCGGGGGAAAAAAAGGGAAAAUGUAAACAAAAUCUAAUUUUGAGAGGUGAAAUUUUUCUUUUCUUUAUUUAAAAAAAAGGCCAUUUUUUUUAUUGAAUUAGUUUUUCAUUAAUUUUUUUUUUUUUUUGGCCUAGUUCUCCCAGAUCUAAAGCCUCUCUAAAUGUAUCUGUGCCAUUAAAACUCAGCUCUCCUUGACAGAUUUCAGUUUAUUCCCUGAGUGGUCAUGAGCUCUCAUCGCAAAAGCCACUAUUGCCCUGGUGCAAAUUAGACCCCUUUGCUCGCAGCCUCAGUAGAAAGGCCAUGGAUUGAACGUGCACAGAGACUGACCUCCCCUCGGGGAGUCAUUCCAGAGCAAUGAAUAGCAGUAGCUAUGCUGCUGACUGCAUGGUUCUAUGGCUCAAGGAAGGACUUCAUUGUCCAGGCCCAUCAGCCUUUCUCUACUGGCGCUGCUUGUCCUAUUUAAUCAGAUGCUAACUUAGCGCUUUGUUUGGCAAUUCAGAUGAAUUCGCUAGCAGGUUCUUGCAUAGAUAACUUCUACCAUGACUUUUUUCCCUUAAAUGAAAUUCCUCUGUGUGCAAAGGCCCAAUCAAGGCCAGAGGAGCAUUAGACCCAAUCCAUAGGGCUUAAAUAGGAAUUAAGUGGCGUACACAUUUCAUGUCGGACCCUCUGCGUAUGGAUGAGUUUCAUCCUGGGGGCUAGAUCUCUAGCAGGUGUAAAUCAGUGUGUUUCCAUUGAUCUACACCGAGGAUCUGGCCCUUGGUGAAUUCUGGGACUACUGCUGCCUUGCAAAAUUAUCAUGAAAAUGGAGCAGUUUGGGAGCAAAAUCCUACUCGCCAUAAUGAUGGGCAAAUCAACAAAUUAUUCUGUCUGCUUGUCAAAGAGACCUCGAAAGUUGAGCAAUUUGCAACUUUGACAACACUUUAUUUGAGAAAAAGUUUUGAUUAUUAUUAUUUUUUUGUUUUGUUAAAAAAGUUUCCACAUGCCAACAGAUUUUUUUCCCCACAAUAAAAAUGUUGACUACUUUCCCUAUGGGCUCGCAAUCCAGAGUGGAAUUUUGCAAGGCUACGGGGGGCUGUGUUGCAAACUGGGCAGUAUGUGGGAGGUCUCUGUGGCAGGUUUUGUGUUGCCUCCAUAUGUCAAUCUAAGCUGAAGUCCCCAAUCUGAAAUUUAGCUGACCAUUAAAAUCAGACCACGCCCACCUUAUUACAUUAGCGAUGUAUGGGUACCAUCCAUCCAUCCGAAGGUUUUGCAUGGCCUUGCUUUGAAAUUAAGCAGACUACAAAGCAUUUCUCAUCAAUUUUAUUUUUCCUUCACUAUCCUGCAAAUAAACACUUUCUCUCCUGUUGGGAGACUUAUGGUGGAAUGUCAUUUGCAGCUCUCAGUGCAUUCUGUAGUCAAGAGGAUCCGAAAUGGUUAACUCCAUUGACAGGUAUAAAAGACCAUCUGGUACUCAGCCAUCUGACCUGCUCGAACAUCAAUGUAGAACAAACCUGAGGAAAAGGUUUUUGCUCGUUAACUUCAUACUCUAACUCCCAACUUGGCAUGUCUACCUUGGAGCUGAGAGCUUGGAAAAUAAAAAUGCAACCUGGAUGCAUAUAUAUAUUUUGAGAGCGAGAGAGAGAUGGAGACAGACCACCAAUUGACUGGCUAAAUCAGUUACAAAAUGGCAUUAAACUGUGGCACCAAGCAGCUAACAUUUCAAAUAAAUAAAAAGCCGAGGUUCAAAGGUGAUCUUCAGAAAUCUGGUGGUGGGACUCUAAAACGUGCAUUGGUUCAACCCGUUUGGAAAUACGGCUUGUGGGAAAGUUGGGACUGCACCGUGGGAAUUGACGGAGGGGGGUGUGGGGUUUGACAACCACAUUAGCUUCACCGUUUGGGUGAAAUGAUUUUUGGGUUUUUUCGUCUGGGUUAUUCUCUAUUUCCCCACAGACUGUAGAAUCCAGUAAACGCCUCUUGAUUUUCAAAAGACAACCAGAAGAAUGACAAUCUAAGAAAUCAACACCCUCCUUUGUGCUUCUAUAAAUACGUUUCUGAUCUUUUAAUUUUAUUUCUCGUGCUCCACUGUACUGUUGACAGUUACAUUGUGUAUAAUUUGUUUUUUAAUUUGGAAUUUUGCGUUGUAUAGGGUUUAGUUUUAAAAAAUAUAUAUAUAUUUUUUCCAUUUUUUAAAAAGGGGUGUUGCAAAAAAAAAUUGCACGAUUUAAAUGACAAACAGUUCAAAUGCUGCAGUUUUUAGAGAUAUGGAAGCAAAUGGAGCUUAUUUAUUCUCAAAAGCUAUAAAAGGUGUAAAAUGCAUGAAGAAAAAAAAACAUUUACAAAAAACAAAAACAAACAAAAAAAGACAAAAAAAGUGUAACCUGAACAAAGUGUAGCGUUAAAAAAAAAAAAUUUAAAUGAUGACAACAAUGAAAAACAGCUAAUAUAUUGUGUUUGGCUAGUUUGCUUUUGUUUUUAAUUGUUCCUUUUUUUUUUUUUUUGGAGAAUGAAAUACAAUUGUGUAUAUUUUCAUAUAAGAAGUAUGCACUGAUAUGUUUCAAAAAAUGAUAUAUUACUUUCUAAAGAUGUGGUUAUUUACCAAA